GCGGCAAAGACAUUCUUGCGGACUGGCGCAAACUUAUAGCGACCAUGGAAGAAAGAAGUGCCUUGAAAGAGAAGCUGAGUGGCUAUGAGGUGUGCGAGGAGCUCUCGAGCAGCGCCUGGCUUCUUGAGCGCAAGGGUGAGGAGGCGGCGGCUGUACUGGCGACGGAGGUCUUCUUGGGGAAGGAGAAGGCGGACUUGGAGUCACUCAUCGGCAAGGCCUUACAAUCAGAAGGCAGCAGUGGAUGGUUUUGCAAUGACCGAUACCACAAGCAGAUGACCAAGGGCGCAGCGGAUGUGUGUGUUGAGGUCAUCAUGCCAGCGACAAAGAAAGACAUUGAGAAGCGCAGGAAGGUGGUGCUACAGCGCAUUUGCGAGACGCGUCAGCUCUAUGAUGCUGUCACAGUUCCAAGCACCUUAGAGGGGGCCGACAAGCGUGACACCUGGGUGGCCAACAUCAUCCAUGGCCAGUCGGAGCAAGAGCAUGUGGUCACUGAACUCUCCGGAGAUGGACUUGUGGUGGUGAAGGACUAUAAGUGGCAAAACACCGAAGUGGUUGAUGACUUGUACUACUUGUGCUUGUUCUCCGACAUGGGUGUCCGGUCUCUGCGGGAUUUGCGAGCCACGCAUCUGCCGCUCCUCCGGCGGAUUCAAGAUGUCGUGGUCCCAGGGCUGGCCGAGAAGCACGGAGCGUCGGCCUCGUCUUUGUUGGCCUAUGUACAUUACCAUCCGACGUUCUGGUAUUUCCAUGUUCACAUUGUGAAUUCUCGCCACGCGAUGUUUCAGAAUGAGAAGUCCUCCGAGAAUUUGCUGCUGAUUGCCAUGGACCGAUAUCACAAGUUGCAGACGAUCAUCGCGCUGUUGAUGGCACAGGACACUUAUUUCGCUGGCGCAGAAUUGACCGUUCUGCUUCCUCCUCACAAAGCUGAGACCUAUUUAUCAGCCUAGGAUUGGCUGAGAUGUGUAUGCCAGUGGAAAAA